GCUGACUUGCUACGCCACUGGCGCUCCAUCUAGUCGUAUUCGAACGCAAGAAGGCGAUUUGUGUGAACUGAUCCUACCGCAUCUAUGUUCGACAAUUUUGAAAUAAAAUGGUUCCAAUUUCCAGUGCUGACAUGCGCUUCAGCUACAGGUGUAAUCCAUAUGUUUCAGGCUGUAGGACGUCAUGACAGCCGAAAAGACGAUUCCCAUAAUAAAUGGAAAAGCAGACGAUUCGAUGGACCCCGAAGCGGCGAACCCGAGCGCAGUGUGCAGCAAUGAUAAGAAGGUGGUGAAUGAGAGAGGACAGUGGAAUAAUAAGGUUGAGUUUGUGCUGUCAGUAGCUGGAGAGAUUAUCGGCCUUGGCAAUGUUUGGAGGUUCCCAUAUCUGUGUUACAAGAAUGGCGGAGGUGCUUUCUUUGUGCCUUAUGUCAUCUUCUUCAUCUGCUGUGGGAUCCCAGUCUUCUUCCUGGAAACAGCGCUAGGUCAGUUCACUAGUGAAGGGGGCAUAACAUGUUGGCGAAAAGUCUGCCCACUGUUUGAAGGCAUUGGCUAUGCGACACAAAUCAUCGAGGCCUACCUGAAUGUUUAUUAUGUGGUUAUAUUGGCUUGGGCCAUUUUCUACCUGUUCAACUGCUUUACAACAGAGCUGCCCUGGGCAUCAUGUGGUCACUACUGGAACACGGAAAACUGUGUGGAUUUUAACAAUGAAAGCAUUGCCAACCUCACCAACCCAUAUGCCACAUCACCAGUCAUGGAGUUUUGGGAACGCCGUGUUCUCAGCAUAUCCUCUGGAAUCGAAGAAGUUGGCAGCCUUCGCUGGGAACUUGCUAUCUGUCUUGCUAUAGCUUGGAUCAUAUGUUAUUUCUGCAUUUGGAAAGGUCCCAAAUCAACUGGAAAGGUGGUGUAUGUCACUGCAACCUUUCCUUAUUUCAUGCUGUUGAUCCUCCUUCUUCGAGGAAUCACGCUGCCAGGAGCUGCAAAUGGAAUUAAGUUCUACUUGUAUCCUGAUAUCUCUCGUCUAUCAGACCCUCAGGUGUGGGUGGAUGCAGGCACGCAGAUCUUCUUCUCAUAUGCUAUAUGUCUGGGCUGUCUUACGGCUCUGGGCAGCUAUAACAGCUACAACAACAACUGCUACAGGGACUGCAUCAUGCUGUGCUGUCUGAACAGUGGCACGAGUUUUGUGGCAGGAUUUGCCAUUUUCUCUGUCUUGGGCUUCAUGGCAUAUGAACAGAAUGUGCCAAUAGAGGCAGUGGCAGUGUCAGGUCCUGGUCUAGCGUUCAUAGCAUAUCCUAAAGCUGUGAGCAUGAUGCCGUGGUCUCCAUUGUGGGCCUGCCUGUUCUUCAUGAUGCUCAUCUUUCUCGGGCUCGACAGUCAG